AUGUGUUUCCGCCUGGAAAUCACAAAAAAAGAUCAAAAUGGGAGUUUAAGUUACCUUAACGGGAAUGUUGCACCUCCUGAUGUUAAACCUCCUGAUGUUAAACCUCCUGAUGUUAAACUUCCUGAUGUUGCACCUCUUGAUGCUGCACCUCCUGAUGUUAAACCUCCUGAUGCUGCACCUCCUGGUGUUAAACCUCCUGAUGCUGCACCUCCUGAUGCUGCACCUCCUGAUGCUGCACCUCCUGGUGUUAAACCUCCUGAUGUUGCACCUCCUGAUGUUAAACCUCCUGAUGCUGCUCCUCCUGUUGUUAAACCUCCUGAUGUUGCACCUCCUAAUGCUGCGCCUCCUGGUGUUAAACCUCCUGGUGUUAAACCUCCUGAUGUUGCACCUCCUGAUGCUGCACCUCCUGGUGUUAAACCUCCUGAUGUUGCACCUCCUGAUGCUGCACCUCCUGGUGUUAAACCUCCUGAUGUUGCACCUCCUGGUGUUAAACCUCCUGAUGUUGCACCUCUUGAUGCUGCACCUCCUGGUGUUAAACCUCCUGAUGUUGCACCUCCUGGUGUUAAACCUCCUGAUGUUGCACCUCUUGAUGUUGCACCUCCUGAUGUUAAACCUCCUGAUGUUAAACCUCCUGAUGUUAAACCUCCUGAUGUUGCACCUCUUGAUGCUGCACCUCCUGAUGUUAAACCUCCUGAUGCUGCACCUCCUGGUGUUAAACCUCCUGAUGCUGCACCUCCUGAUGCUGCACCUCCUGGUGUUAAACCUCCUGAUGUUGCACCUCCUGAUGUUAAACCUCCUGAUGCUGCUCCUCCUGUUGUUAAACCUCCUGAUGUUGCACCUCCUAAUGCUGCGCCUCCUGGUGUUAAACCUCCUGAUGUUGCACCUCCUGGUGUUAAACCUCCUGAUGUUGCACCUCCUGAUGCUGCACCUCCUGGUGUUAAACCUCCUGAUGUUGCACCUCCUGAUGCUGCACCUCCUGGUGUUAAACCUCCUGAUGUUGCACCUCCUGGUGUUAAACCUCCUGAUGUUGCACCUCUUGAUGCUGCACCUCCUGGUGUUAAACCUCCUGAUGUUGCACCUCCUGGUGUUAAACCUCCUGAUGUUGCACCUCUUGAUGCUGCACCUCCUGGUGUUAAACCUACUGAUGUUGCGCCUCCUGAUGCUGCACCUCCUGGUGUUAAACCUCCUGAUGUUGCACCUCCUGGUGUUAAACCUCCUGAUGUUGCACCUCCUGGUGUUAAACCUCCUGAUGUUGCACCCGUCUGUGCUCCCUUCGUGUGCUCCGCUGCGUCUCCUCCAUCAGCCCCAGCAGCAGUUUAUAGACGUGGAGCGUUGAGGCUCCGCCUGCUGCUCCAUGUGGGACGUAAUGAAACGUUAUUACUUCCUGUCACCAUUAACAGAGCGGAGCCACAACUGUAA